ACUCUUCGACCAACAACCACCGUUACGCCAAUCCGGAGUCGACGACCCCUUCGCCAUGGCCGAAAUCGAUAUCAAAGUCUCGUCAUGGAAGCUUGUUGAGGUUGGGCGCGUUGUGCUCAUCCGCAGCGGCCCCUACACCGGCAAGCUGGCUACUAUUGUCGAGAUCGUUGACCACAGACGUGUUCUGGUCGACGGUCCCUCCAGCCAGGAGAACAAGGUCGUCCCCCGUCACGUCCUUGCUCUCUCUCACGCUACCCUCACUCCUUUCGUCAUCCCCCGUCUGCCCCGUGCUGCCGGUACUGGCCCCGUGAAGAAGCUGUGGGAGAAGAACGAGAUCGACGCCAAGUUCGCUCAGAGCAGCUUCGCCAAGCGCAGCGAGCAGCAGGAGCGGAGAAAGAACCUGACCGACUUCGAGCGCUUCAAGGUCCUCAGACUCAGGAAGCAGGCUCGUUACGAGAUCGCGAAGGCGCACGCCAAGGUCCGGGCUGCCGCCAAGUCGUCUUAGAUGUUUUAGGUUUCGGUGCAUGGUGCGAAGGAAUUCCUUGGGUGGUCUGACAUCGCUGGAGUCCAUCCAGCAAAUAUCCGCUGUACGAAUUAUCAUUGACAGCAUAAAAUGGUUCAAAAACUUUGAUAUCCGAGCAGUGGUUAUCCUCAUUGUGUCACGAAGAGCACGCUUGUUCCAUUUACCGUGGAUCUGGAGACACGGCCGGGAUCAGCCGUGUUUCGAUGCCAAAAAUUAUGAAAUAACAAUUUAGAAGUAAUUUCGACGAGUUCUUAACUGUAGAUAUAAAUGUCUCCAUCAUCGUUAACUAAUGCGGGGACCGUAGCCUUGUAUCUCAGGUUGUGUGUCUUGCCAUUGGGGUCGUCGGGAGGGUAGCAGCCUCGCUAA